UAAUAAAUGACAGAAUUUUCAUUUUUGGGUGAACUAACCCUUUAACUGUGUACAAAUGGCACUCUUACUAAAAACAGCCCUAUAACUCAACCAAUUUGCAAAUAAACUAUUUAAAAACAAAAUGCAGCAGAUCUUUUUUUAGUUUAUAUUUCUACUUUAUGUUUACCAUCAGUGCCAGUGGAAGACUAGUUCUGAAACAAUCGCGUGGUUUUCAGCUGACAAAAGCGUCGAACGUCAUAGAUCACGUGCUUAUGGCUUCGAAUCUUCGGCGUCGAACGUAAACGGUCUUUAGCAUAGAUAGAUAUGGUCUUUAGAAUCUUUUCAAACACGUCGCGUUCCGAAUUCCGUUUGCGAGUUCCACGGCGGACUCAUUUCCGACAGCAUGUCAGCAAAGUGUGGAUGGGGAGAAGCAUAGCAGGGGCUUUUAUGGCGCGUUUAAGACAGACUGCUGGAGAACAUUCACAUUCUUCCUACAUGUGAGGAAGACGCGUUCAAACAUGAGGAAUUAACUUCAGCUGAGUUCUGCACGACAUACUGCUGUAAAGAUGGAGUUUAUUAAAGAGGAGAAUGAAAACAUGAGCGAUUCAGAACCCUUCAGAAUUAAAAAAGAAGAAUCUGAGGAGCAAACAUACCUUAUGGAACAGAAUGAGUUGGAGGAGAAACACCAUCAGCAUCACUUCACAACUGGAGACAAAUCAGGAGGCAAAAAUUAUUUCAUCUGCCCGCAGUGCGGAAAGAGCUUCCCGCAUAAAGGAGACCUUAAUAAACACAUACGAAUCCACACCGGAGAGAGACCAUUUACAUGCAUUCAGUGUGGAAAGAGCUUCACGCAAAAAGCAAACCUUAACAGACACCUGCGAGUUCACUCUGGAGAAAGACCCUUCACAUGCUCUCAGUGCGGACGCAGUUUCACAUCAACAAACAUCCUCAAAAACCAUCUUCGCCGUCACUCUGGAGUGAGCUCGUUCGGCUGCGAUCUGUGUGAUAAGAAGUUUAUUUUGGCCAAACUACUGAAAAGACACCUGAAGAUGCACGCAAACCAGAAGCCUCACUUAUGUUCUUUUUGCGGGAAGAGUUUUUCACAGCUGGAGUAUUUCAACGAGCACCAGAAGAUGCAUAUCGGUGGAAGACCUCACAAGUGCUCUGAGUGCGGAAAUUCUUUUAAUACGGCCGACUCCUUGAGACGACACCAAAGGAUUCAUACUGGAGAGAAGCCGUACACGUGCACGCAUUGUGGAAAGGGUUUCAUUCAGUCUGGACACCUGAGAGCGCAUGAGAGAUUGCACACGGGAGAGAAGCCAUACCAGUGCGUUUCAUGUGAGAGGAGCUUCACACACUCAAGUAAACUACUGACUCAUUUGCGAAAGCGUUGCCCAAAGUUGUCACUGAGCAAAGUUCAUGCUUAGGUCCUUCACUUUAAAGUUACUGUGAAAGCUUUUCAUCCCAUUUGUCAAUCGAAAGCAUCUUCAGGCUAAGGCAUCUCCAUCUUUAAAGGGCCUCACUGAACCAUCGGAUUUCAUCAAAAAUAUCUUAAUUUGUGUCCUGAAGAUGAAUGAAAGUCUUACACAUGUGGAACAACAUGAGGGUGAGUAAUUAAUUUUUGGGAGAACUAACCUGUUAAAAGAUUAAUUUUGUAAGUCUAUAUGCUGAAAGCUGAUGCAUUGAGAUCUGUAGUCUUAAUGUGACGUCUUUUGCACUUAAACCCGUUUCUUCUCACAGCAUGUGAAAAUGAAUGCAAGAUGUUGCUGUUCAUGUUCAUUUUUCUGUCAUUUACAGAUGUAAAUAUGGACACCAUCCUUUUCCAGAGUUGUGAAUUUACAUCUAAAGUAUGUAAUAUUGUGUAGACUUAUAUUUACCAUGCAUACAAAUUCAGGGUUUUUAUUUUAAAGCAAAAGUACAUUUAAAUGAAUGCAUUUGGCAGAUUUUUUUUUGGCAGAUGAAUGCAUUUUGGCAAAUGUACUUUUGCUUUAAACCAAAAACCCUGAAUUUGUAUGCAUGGUAAAUUCAUGCAUUUCAUGCAUUGCAAGUGUUUAUUUUAGGUGUUGACUGCUCACUGUUUGUUUUAAUAACUUUUUUACUUGCAUGUUUAAUUUCAAUGAUCUUGUGAUGUGACAAAUAAAUUUUUAAAAGUGCAAA